ACCUAUAUAAACCCGAAACUCAUGUAAAAAAAUCAGACCAACACAAGAUCUCAAACAAUGGCAAUCAUAGCAGUUCUAUUCUUGGCUCUUGUAGCUUUUUCUGAAGCCAUCCCUGCCAACUACGAUUUUUCAUACGACGUUUCUAACUCACACAGCAGGAAAGAAAUUGCCGAUGGCAACGUCAUCAAAGGCAGUUACACCGUCGUAGACGCCAAUGGAGUUACCCGCACUGUUCACUACACCGCUGAUGACGCAAACGGUUUCGUUGCAAACAUCGAGGAAGGAGAACACCACGAGGAACACCAUGAAGAACACCACGAAGAAGUGCACACCACUGUAGUUCCAAGUGAAGACGACGGCAGCUACCACCACGAAGGUGAAGAAGAAGGUAGUUACAACAAAGCCCGCUAUGAAAUGCACGCUGAAGGGGAAGAUGAUGGGAGUUACCAUCACGAACAACACAAUGAAGGAGAUGAUGGUAGCUACCACCCAAGCCACGAAGAGGAAGGCCAUGACGAUGGAAGUUAUAGAGUAGCUCGUGAAGAUGGGCAUGAUGAUGACGGUCAAUAUCAUGAAUCGUACAAUCCUCUUCGUCUAGUUCCCGUUCCUGUGGCUGGAGGGUACGUUUAUCCCGGAGGACUUCGCGGCUAUUUGCCUUACAGCGGAUUUCCCUACACUGGGUUACCUUACUACAAUCACGCUUACGGCUACCAUCCCUACGGUGUAGCCUCACCUUUCAACUAUUUGAGAAUUUAAAGACUUUUCUAAUGUAACUUAAUAACUGUAGUAAAAAUAAAGCACUUUGUAAUUGCGUCGAUUACUGUGUCUGUCUAUAUUUUAGCCGAUGUACCAAUUUUGUUAUAAUAAAUACAAUACUUUUUAUCAGUU